AUGGACGCCAAAACAGAAGCACUGCACCGUAAGCGAUCCACACUUCCUUUCAUUCGAGAUUAUCCGACUGACCCCUCCCGAUCCCUCCUCGAACCACUUCGCACCGACCUCCCUUCGAUCUCACCAGAAACCCACUCGCACAUCCACCUCUUCCUCCGCUCGCACAACCUCCCCAAAACGGCCUCGGCUCUAUCCAAAGAGCUGCUCAAGAAUGGCACCCCUUUGAUCACCGACCAACUCGAUCCUCGACCGAGCGAAGGCGCCUUGUUGGCUCUCUUGAAGGCUAAAGUGGAUUUAAAUAGGGCGUGAGUGGCCAUUUGAGCAUAAAGGGGGUGAUGGGGAUGUUGUGCUGACGACAUCCGAGAAGGGUUCGCAGUAAACGAUCUUCGAAGGAAAAGGAGACGAAAAAGGCAGCCGACGUCCUCUCGGACUCGGACGAUUCGGCCGAUUCGGCCGAUUCUUCCGACGACGAGCAGGAAGCUACCAAAGGCGCACCCAAGGCAAAGGACACGAAAACCGCUGUGAACAAAGCAGAAUCAUCGGACUCCGAUUCCGAUUCCGAUUCGAGCUCGGAUUCUGAUGCGGCUUCGGAUUCGGAUUCGAAUUCGUCCGACGACGAAGAGGAGGAGGAGGAGAAGCCAACGAGUUUGGUCGGCAAGGUCGUCGACAAGGUCAAGAUGGUGGCCAAAGCUGUUGCAGAAGAAAUUGCCGUACUCGAAAAACCAUCGACAUCAGCAAAGAAACUUGAGACGGCUUCUGAUUCCGACGACUCGUCGGACGAUUCGAGCGACGAGGAGGACAAGGAGAAGAAGGUCCCGGUUAAGGCCACAGCAACCAAAGUCGUCGAGGCCGUAGCACCGAAAGCGACUUCCAACAAACGCAAGGCCGGCGAGUCGUCCUCCGACUCGGAUUCCGGUUCCGACUCGAGCUCGUUCGAUUCCGAUUCGUCCUCCUCUUCCUCUUCCGACUCGGAUUCGGACUCUUCCUCCGACUCUGAUGCGGAAUCCAAAGCUAAACCGACCAAGAAGAAGCAAAAAGUCGUUGCAUCUCCUAAAGCACCCGAACCUGUCUCCUUGCCCCCACCUGUACCCGCUGUUGCUUCACCUAAACUCACGACCCCUCUUGCGAAUGGUAUCAACGGAGGGAAUAAGAAGAAGGAACGUGUUGUCAAUGCCCCGUUCCGACGCGUCAAGGCGGAGGAGGUGACCUUUGCGGAUCCGAGGUUGAAGGAUAACUCGUUUGCGGCUAGGGCGAGUGAUCUCCUCGUCUUUGACUUGUUCAUUUUCAAUCGCUGACCAAAUUCAUUUCUGGUUUUUCAGCCCGCUGGGAUGUCGGAUUACGGCGCCAAAGCUUCUGCCGAUCUUCUCGUCACGCGAGGGAAGGGGUUCACCAAGGAAAAGAACAAGAAGAAGAGGGGGAGUUAUCGAGGUGGCGAUAUCACGAUGGAGAGCCACUCAAUCAAGUUUAACUAUGAUUGA